AUGUCGUCUUAUGAUGUUCCUGCUGCUCGACGAGAUGAAAUGAAGACCAAGUCUGUAGUGGAGGGGGAAUCUGUCACUUUACAUCCUGGUGUAACAAAAACCCCAAAUGUUGUGAUGACGUGGUAUUGUAAUGAGAUUCUCAUCGCCGAAAUCACUGGAGAUCAGAGUUUUUUUAGUGUUGAUACAGAUAGAGGAUCAAUGUCAGUGAUGGAGGGAGAUUCAGUCACUCUACCGACUGGCAUUAAAACAAAUCAACCAGAAAUGAUUAAAUGGUAUUUUAAUGGCUUUCAAAUAGCUGAAAUCACUGGAGAUCAGAGUUAUACCUGUACAGAUGUUCAGUGUAAAGAUGGUGAUGAGAGAUUCAGAAACAGACUGAAGCUGGAUCAUCAAACUGGAUCUCUGACCAUCACAAACAUCACAAACACAGACUCUGGACUUUAUCAUUUACAGAUCACCAGCAGAAGAGGCAAAAUCAGUACAAGGAUCUUCAAUGUUGCUGUAUCUGGUGUUUCUGCUGCUGAACGAGAUGAAAUAAAGAGAAAGUCAGUGAAGGAGGGAGAAUCUGUCACUUUAUACACUGGAGAAAUAAAAAACCCAAAUGAUUUAAAGACGUGGUAUUUUAAUGAGACUCGCAUCGCUGAAAUCACUGGAGAUCAGAGUAAGAUCUGUUCAGAUGUUCAGUGUAAAGAGAGAUUCAGAGACAGACUGAAGCUGGAUCAUCAGACUGGAUCUCUGACCAUCAUGAACACCAGAACCACAGACUCUGGAGAUUAUACACUACAGAUCAACCGCAGCAGAUUCACCAUCAUGAGGAGCUUCAGUGUUUCAGUCAGCGCUAAAGUUUAG